CCUGAGAUGUUCUGGCCACGAUAUGGAGCACAGUAUAUGAAAAAGCUUGCCUUCUCUCCUUUCCCAUAGUCGCGUCUCACUCGCGUAAAUCCGGCAGCAUUCGAAACGACAGACUUGAAGACGGAGGAUUGCUUACUGAUUCGCCCUUUUGCUCUGCUUGACGUAGAAACGGGAAAAGUCUUCGACGUCGACCAAGGAUGGCGCCGAGGCACCUUUGGGAGAUGAAUCUGCGCGUUUCUGCUGGACUGAGGUGCCAAUACCUGCAAAGCUGCUCGUCCGUCUGCACCAGCUCUCCUCCCGCCCUCCGCUACUCCUCCACCACCACAUCCCCAUCCCCACCACCGACCAAAGCCCCCUCCAAAGUCAACGGGCCAAUCUCGACCCUCCCAGCCCCCCUCGCCCUCCCCGUCCGCGCAAAGGACCAGCCCUUCUUCCCCGCCUACGCCCUGGCGCUGGGGAAAGCCUAUCUCGCAUUCUACAAGACCGGCGUCAAGCACAUCUACACGAACUUCAAAGCUGCGCGCGCUGUGCAGAAACACCUCGACGACGCGCAUGCCUCGUCGCUGAAAGCAGCCGUUGACGCGGGCGCGCUGACCCGCAGCGAUUUCCAGCUGCUGGUCCGGAACUGGCAUGAUGUGAAACGGGUGCCGGUCUUCGCGCUCGUCUUUGCGGUGUGUGGGGAGCUGACGCCCUUGGUGGUCGUCGCUGUCAGCAGUAUUGUGCCGUGGACUUGUCGCAUUCCUAAGCAGAUCGAAUCUGAUCGGAGGAGGCUGGAAACGCGACGUGCUAUUUCUUUCCGGAACCUCACCUCUGCCCCACCUGAGAAAGGAGGCGUAGAUGGCCUCGGACGAAUGGAGUUGCUGCAUAUAAGUUGGAGUCUGGGGCUUAGUAGUAAUCUGUGGGAUUGGCUUGGCGGACGAUUACCUGGGUUGCCAACCUGGGUGUUGAGACGGAGAGUGGCCAGACGGGUCGAAUAUCUGAAGAUGGAUGAUGAGCUGAUAAGGAACAGUGGAGGAGUCAAGGAAAUGGAGGAUGAAGAGUGUAGGAUGGCGUGUGUGGAGCGCGGUAUUGACGUCCUGGGACGGUCAGAUAAGCAGGUUAGGGCUGAUCUGGAGGCGUGGUUGAAGAGUAGCCAGAUGGUGAGCGUGGAGAGGUUGUUACUCACACGACCAUCUGUAUGGCCAAUAGGUGUCACUGAAAAUUCCAAACAAGGCACGAUUCUAUAAUUUGUCGGAUCUCUUUUCUUCUAUGUACAAUUUUGGUAUACUAUCAUGGGGUAUAGAGCGGCGUUUGGAAAGUAAGGACGGAAAAGUCAAUCUUGUAUCAUAGACCCCCAGACCCGUAUCAUCAGCAUAGGACAUGACAUGCAGCCUCCCAAUGAAUCCACCAGAUAAUGUAACACGUAUGCCCUCCGUAACGCCCCUUUUUCUUUGUAAAAGCCCCGCG